AUGCGAGGUACCACUGCUGCUAUCGUCCUUGGGGCGGUCGGCCCCGCCCUUGGCCUGAGCCCCUUGGAUACGUUCUACCCGCCUACUCUCAAUGAUACCUCGUACAUCUCCAACAGCUCAAUUGGAACUUAUGGUGGUAUCUACAAGGCUCCUACCAAUGGUCCGACCGAAGGAACUCCCUACGGCACCUAUGAUUACUGCUCAAUGCCCCACCCUCGUACCAAGGAGUAUGAGCUUCCCGAGCCCAUCGCCAAGGGCUCCGUAAAGGGAAAGCUGGUUUACCUUGAAUAUCUGCAGCGUCACCAGAGACGCACCCCAUACAACAUUCUGCCCGGAGGAGAGAACCAAGCUUACCAGUGCGACAAUGUCCGCCCGUAUCUUUACGCUGGACCUAGCAGCCAUGGUUCCACCCAGCCAAUUCCUAUGUACGCCCAGACGUACCAGGAUCCCACCAACCCCUUCACCCCGGGUGUAGAAGGAACCUGCCAGUACCCGCAGAUCACCAUCGGCGGUGUCCAGGACGGGUUUCAGCAUGGCAAGGACCUCUGGGCCGUCUACGGUAACAAGCUCGGCAUCAUUCCCGACGAGCCAAACAGCCGCGUCUGGUUCCGGUCUAGCGAUUCUGCACUCACCCAGGCCUCUGCUGGUGCAGUUCUCCGUGGUGUAUGGCCCAAGUACGAUGGUGCUUUACCUUUGCACCAAAUGGUGACCUCGGUCGACACCGUCAAUGAGGGUUACUCAUGCGACGCCGUCGACACUACGCUUAGUGAGCUCGAGUCCACUGCCGAGUGGAAGGAGCACCUGACUGUCACCGCCGACCUGCGUUCCAAGCUAGGCUCCAUGCUCGGCGCCACUUCCAGCUCGUGGCAGAAUACCUUUGACCACUUCUCCGACAACUUCCAGGGUCGCCUUUGCAAUGGCUACAACCUGCCUUGCAGUACCACCAACUCCUCUGCUUGUGUCACCACGGAUAUGGCCGAGGAGGUCUUCCGUGCUGGUGACUGGGAGUGGAACUACUACUGGCGUACCAACGCGUACGUGAAGAAGUACAUUCAGGUCGUCGAGGGUCUUUUCAUCGGCGAGAUCGUCACUCGUCUGCAGACUGUCCUGGACGGAAAAUCUAGCCUUGACUACACCCACAUCUUCAUUCACGAUGGUGACAUUGGUCCUAUUCUGGGUGCUCUGGGUAUCAACGCUCUCCGUUGGCCCGCGAUGGCCUCUAACAUUGCCUUUGAAAUCUGGGAGACUGAGGGUAAGAACAGUGGCCUCUAUGCGCGUGUCCUCUACAGCGGACAACCCGUUCAGACCAUCCACGGCACUCUGGAGUGGCUGUCUCUUUCAAGCCUUAUUGACAUCCUGACCCCUUAUGUUCCGGAGGACAUUACCACGCUAUGUGGUUAA